CUUAGUCAUCAGGGGCUCUGUCCUGAACAAGGUGCUCCACCACUUGGAGUUCGGCUGAACUUGACCCGGAGUCUCGUCAAUACUAUCAACUUGGACUCUUCUUAUCCAUACGGUGAGGUAUCCUGUCCUCAAUUUUGAUGGACUCGUUGUCCAUACGAUGAUGAUAAUAAUCAUCGACGGUCCGCAAUCAUAUUUACGCCUGGUGUGAUUGCAUUGUUCUGCUAUUUAUCGUUGCCUUUACAAAGAAAGAACGCAGGUCGGAUCGGACUCGCUCCAAGCGAAGCGUGCUGAUAACAGCUAGGCCAGAACAGAACGAGUCUGUCAGUCAGUCUGUCUUGCGUUGUGCUGUGUCUGGACUCGUCGAUCCGGGUAAUCGGUUCAACACCAGGCAAGACGGGCGGGGGCUUCGUCAGUGGAGCGGUGAUUGAAGUGAGCAAGCAAGUAGAGUUCAAGAAUAAGACGAGGAGGAGAUCUCUUCUUCAGCGGCAAUCCUUAUCGUCACCACGGUUGGGUUAUAUACGAAUAGUCCAAUCCAGUCCAGUCCAGUGAAAUCCAGAUCAGGUUCAAAUUCAGGUAUUGUCAAUCAACGCACAAUGGCAAUGCACACGAUGGGCAUGGCCGUGUCUGCUCGGCCUAUGGUCUCUCGGGUCCCUUCCACAGCAGCACCUGGUAGACUGCCAGUACGGAGCAGAACCAGAACGCUGUAUUCGGCGGCAGCACCUAUCUCGAGAACGAGAACGUCGUUGCUGCCUGGCGGUAAAGGGGAAGUACCCGGACCAGCCCUUGAAGCUCGGAGACGGUGCGGUAUGUCACUGUCUCCGGCGACGAAGAGAAUGUUCGGCACAUCCAGAUCUUUAAAGGGUGUGGACUUUACGCAUGCUGUCAUCGGAGGCGGUGCCGUCGGACUCGCCAUCGCGCGCCAACUGGCUGCCCGUACGGGGACGUCGACCAUCUUGAUUGAAAGGCAUGGGAUGGUGGGUUCGGAGACUAGUAGUCGCAAUUCAGAGGUCAUCCACGCAGGCCUCUACUACGGCCCCAACACGCUCAAAACCACCCUCUGCAUCCGCGGCAAACAACUCCUCUACGAACUCUGCAACGCCCAGUCCAUCCCCCACCGCCGCACCAAGAAAUGGAUCCUCGCCCAAACAGAACAACAAAUGGCCGAAUUGGACUAUCUGCACGAAUGGUCAAAAACCAUCGACGUCCCCACUAGGUUCCUAAGUCGUCGCGAAAUCGAGACCCAGGAACCCGACGUACGCGCCGACGCUGGCGUUUUGGAAUCUCCCACGACAGGAAUCGUCGAUAGUCACGCGUACAUGGCGUAUCUGGAGGGGAGUCUAGAUGAACGAGGCGGCGAGGAGAUUUUGUACAGUGAAGUUACCAACGUACAACCACUAAAAAAUGGGAGAGGGUAUGAAAUCACAGUUUGUUCCAAGGAUACGAGAGCCACCAACGUCGAAAAUGAAGAAGGGGAGUAUGAUUCAAUCACCGCCGAAACCGUAAUCAACAGCGCCGGCCUCGGCGCAAUCGCCAUCAGCAAUAUGCUCCUCCCACCAGCCCGCCAACGAACCGCAUAUUUCGCCAAGGGAAGCUACUUCAGCUACUCUGCCUCCAAGCCCAAAACGUCCACAUUACUCUAUCCCGCACCGACGCCCGGGUUGGGAGGUCUAGGGACACAUUUGACGCUCGACAUGGGCGGUCGCGUGCGGUUCGGUCCGGACGUCGAGUGGGUCGAUAACCCGCAUGAUCUGACGCCGAAUCCGGAUCGACUCCGAGCUGCAAUUCCCGUGAUUCAGAGUUAUUUGCCUGAUGUGAAACCUGAGGCGUUGGAUUUGGAUUAUUGUGGGAUAAGACCGAAGUUGAGUCGGGGGGCGAGUGGGACGUAUGGGAAGGAUGGGAAGGGGUUUGAGGACUUUUAUAUCAAGGAAGAAGAAGGGCUUCCGGGGUUUGUGAACUUGUUGGGCAUUGAGAGUCCUGGAUUGACGGCGAGUUUGGCGAUUGCGGAAUAUGUGGAUGGGUUGCUUUAUGGGGAGGGGGCGAGUAUUCCCAAGGAAGAUGGGGAUGUGUGAGUGAGUGGGUUUGAAACAUGGAGAUGGUGUCUAUUUAAGGUUCCUAAGCUUGGUACUGGUAUGGUAGCCGUGUAGAGAAGAGCAAUGACGACCAUUACACGGUGCUGGAAGGUGAUGGGGGAACACUGGUAGUGGCAGCAGCACCACUAGUUCGCCAUGUUAUCCAUGUCCGGGGAGAGAGGUAUAUAUAGUACUGUGGUGUCCCUAAAGAUCUAUCUGUUUCCAACGACAUUUCACAUUCCAAAACGUCCGGUAUAUCUGGAUAUUCGUACAGUCUACUCACAACCUGUUUGC